UACUUUGGUGAACAGGAUUUCAGGAUUCAUUCCACGGUCACUUUUUCUAUUCAUUCUUCAGUCAUCUCCAACUACACUUCAUCGUUAGACCCACCAACAACCUGCUCGCAGUGAUUUCAGAAAAGUGCACCAAUAACCCCAUAAUCACUGCAUAUGCACAAUUGCAUCUGGAAUCCUCCAAUAAGAUCCUUGAUAUUGUAUAGUGAUACAUAAAUACAUACAUAAGCUGACAACGUCAGGUUAGGAAUUUAUCCAUACUUAAUUAUGCACAAUUGCAUAAUCACUUAAACUGAGGAAAAGGAUUAUCAAGCAAUAUAAUCAAGUCAUUUGGUUUUUAAUGUGUUAUUGCAUAUUCCAAAUACUGUGUAAAGUAUAAGCUUGUGCCAGUGAGUGAUGGAACUCGCUGGUGAUGUGAGUCGAAUGACGACCCGAUAUAAGAAGAAUGUUUAUUGGUUCGCUGUGUAUAAUUUUGCAUUUUGCUCAUCAUUGGUGGACAUUUGCCAAUUUCUGUGCUAAAUAAAACCUUUAAGCCUUAAAACUAAAUGUGUCAUACUUUUAACUUUAGUUCGACACUGGUGAACGAUAACAUCUGGUUUAAAGCACUGACAAAGUUCAAUAAUGCGUGUUUUGUAGUGCAUGCUUCAUGUUUGGUAUUUAAAUUAUUGCAAAUGUUUGCAAUGUGCAGGGUGUAUCCAGUCAGGAGCUGUAGUACUUAACAGCAUGAUAUUUCCAAUCUGUCUGAGGAGGAUCCAUUUUUUUCUUGGCUAAAUUUUGAUAAAAUGAGUCACUUCCUCCUCCUCCUCCUCCUUUACUGACUGACAACAACAAAGUCUAGGAGUUGUACCGCACUUCCUGGAUGUGAGAUAUAAUACAUGUGAUGUGGAGCAAUAACUGAAAAAAAACGUGGCAUGUGUUCGUGCAUAUUGUAGCGAAUUGUUUUCUACGCCGACAGACAACCGAACCAGAAAAUUUGAAACCUCUCAAUUUCGACGCAACUCAUUAAAGUUCGUGUUGGGCAGCGAGCUCGUAAAUUAUCACCAGCGGAAAUUAUCAACGGGAUUCUUUUUGGAUGCCACAACUUAUCACCAGCACUUGGCAUAAAAUUGCUCAGCUUGGUGUAUAUGAAUGAAGCAGAGGCACAACCUGACAUUAAAUGACGAAAAUAUGGAGAGCCCAAAAGUAAAGAAGAACGAAGGGGAUUUGUCCAGUUGGUCCUCUUGGUCAGCGUUGAAGGAGAACCGUAGGAAGGGGAUGGCAUUUGGUCAUCGGUUAUCGGCCUCAGUCGACUCUAUUCCAUACAUGGACUUUUUAUCCUCAAUGGGUUCGCUUAACAACUUUCCUAAUGGUGAGACAACAGAGGACGACGGAAGUGUGAACAAUAUUUUGGACGCUUUGGGUGACGAGCAGGAGCAGAGGUCGUCCUCCGCCGUGGAAAUAAUUGACCCAUCGAUAAUAACCAAGACAGGAUCGUCAGUGAUGGUGGUUGGAAUGGGAGAUGGAGAAAGUUCUGGGGUGGGUUCCACAACGUCCCCAACGGGGUCACCCCAUCACGACAAUGAGCCGCAGCAUGAGGACUAUGAACACGUAUAUUGCCAGUUGGACCCAUAUUUCAACCCACCCUCGCUCACCCACGCGAAAGGUCAGCCUGUCGUGAGUAAUGGCCGAGCUUCGUCUAUGCGACUGAGGUCAUGGGGAAUGCGCUCAAGCUCUGCUGCAGUCAAUACAAGCCACACGAUGGAUCGGGAUUCCUCAAGUCUGAUACCUUUUUUACAACAAGCCUUAUUAUCCAGAUAUCGAUGGAUCCUUGGCGAGGUUUUAGAAGCUCCUCCAUGGUAUCGGAGCCAAAUGGGGUCCUCAGAGUUGGACGAGUUGUGUCCACUUGUGUAUCAAGUUCUCCCCUCCAUUUAUGGAACCACGUCCUCCUCCUCCAAAAAGAAGGCCGCCCUUCUUAAUUCAUCCCUUGACCUGCGACAACAGUAUCAAAAUAAUACAGAAAACCUUAAACCCAUCCCAAUUCACCAGAUUUUUAAUAUAAAUAAUGAAGACGAUUCCUCUAGAACAAUGUGGUUGGAAGGGGAAUCAAAUAGUGGGAAGAGUUUCUUUUGUCUUAAAUUACUUCAUGAAUGGAUCUCCUAUCACACCUACAAUUAUACUUCCACACCUCUAAAUACCCGGAUCGGUGAAUUCCAAGUGAUUUUCUACGUCCCCCUCAAUCAAGUUCGUGGCAGUUUGACCCGCUUUCUCCUAAAGGAACUUUUCCCAAAACAAUCGGUUGCCUCCCGGAUGAAAGCUUCUACAUUACUCAAGGCGCUUAAUCAAUUGGGUUCAUCACUUCUCAUAAUUCUCGACGGUUUAGACGAUGUUCUGAAUUCGGAAAACUUGAAUCUGAAAAAUAAAGAGUCACAAGAUUCUGAAAUACUGAAAGAUAUUGAAUCCUUAUUAAAUGGUCAGUUGUUUCCUCAGUCAAUGGUGUUAGUGACAUCAAAACCUUCCCCAACAAUAAACAUGAACAGUUUGUGUGUGCGAAGUGUACGAAAGUUUUUAGUGAAUGGAAUGGAGUGGGGGCAAAUUCAGUUCUUUGUUCGACGAUUCUUCACAGGACGAAAAUUUUCGGGGUGUGAAAGUCGGCUAUGUGAAAUACUGUCGGAAAGGGAUGACUUACUCGUGUUAGCGUCAAAUCCAUUUAUUUUGGCUUUGUUAUGUGCCGUAUUUGAAGAGGUCGGAGACAUUCCAUAUUCGAAUGCAGAAUUAUACGCAACCCUUCUCGGAUGUCUAUUUUCGCAAACAAGUUGCAGCAACAGCAGCAAUAAUAAUAAGCAGACCGCAGCCACAACGUCAAGUUAUGGUUCAGGUUCAGGGUCCAGCUCCUCCACGUCAACAUCAUCCCCCUCGUUCAGGCAUGGAAAAGAACCCUCAAAUGGUUGCAUUCCCUCCAAGUACCAAAAGCAAGUUCAAGACUUUGGAAAACUUGUUUUGACUAAAAUGCCCUCCGCAAACUUUUCCAAGCAACACACUCCACAACAGGAUGGACUAUUAGAACCUUCCCGAAUCUUUUACACAGAGCAGGAAGUGUUAGCUUUUUGCGGAAAUCUUGACCUGGUGAAACUUGGACUACUUUCUAGAUCCAAGGCCAUAUUUGUUAAACCAAAAAAGUCUCAGUUUAGUGCAAGCAAGAAAUUGACUCUGAUUCAUCCAUCGCUCACACCAUUCGUUGCUGCGUAUUAUCUUCAAUUCCAAAUCACUUCCCCCCAACUUCUUCGAAAAGAGUUGGACCUACUUCCAGAUUUGGACCAGUUGCAACAAAAUCAAGUUCGAAUUCAGUCAAUUCUCUUCCAAGUGUUAGGAAACCUGAUGGAACUUUUGCAGAACAAGGGAGCAUGUUUGUUUCUGACGUUGAGCUUGUUAGAUACAAGUCUUAACUAUUUGCUGGCACUACUCAGGUCGGCAGGAUUCUACGAGGCAAACUUGCGAGCAGUGUGUUCACUCAUAAAAUCAGUCAAUUUAAAACACAUUACCGUUAAUCUGGGUUCAGAAUGGGUAUCGGAAUACAAACAAGUGAUAUCAUCUCCUCACUGUUCGUUGGAGUCGGUGGAAAUUAUCAUUAGACCGGGUUACUCUGCUGCAUUGUCGAGAAUUAUUGAAGGACUUUGUCAAAAUGAGUCAGUAACGUCCAUCAAGUUCUCCUCUAUCCCUGGAAGUGAAUGGAAUCCAGUUGAGGUCAACCUUUUGAGUGCACAACUGCACAGACUCAUGUGUUUCCAAAGCAUGGGUCUCAAUAAAAAACUAAGAUCGUUGGAAAUCAUAAUGACAUGUCUCGAAGAUAAAGAGCAUUCUCGAUUUCAACCCGUGGUGGACGCCUUGUCUCUAGCUCUGGGAGAAUCAAAAGGGGGUAGCAUCUUCCUCAAGAAGCUCGUUUUGGACAUGGACCUAACCUCCGUACAAUUAGUCCAACUUGUUGAAUUUAUAAAGUCACAUCCAAGUUUGGAAGUGCUUCACCUUCCGCAUCUUGGUUGCGGUCCCGAAGGAUUUCAUGCCCUUGCUCAGUUGCUACAAGUCAAGCCACUCCUUUCUCUAAGUCUCAUGGGUUCUUGGAGAUCAAAUUCUGCUGAACAAGAAAAUCAAGUAGUGCUGGAGCCCUUCCCUUUCCCUAACCUUGUGGACAACUUUAGCUUCAAUGACAACGUGAGUAACAGUUUAUCCUCAAACAAAAGUUCACUCCAGCGACUUAAUACCUACGGAGGAAGUAUGAAUGGAAUAAAGUCACCCUCCAUCCGGAGAAAGAAGGGAUAUAACCACUCUGGAAUGAUUUACCCACCGCCACCGCCCGGCCCAACAGUGACACAUCAGCAGCAGAUAUCCACUCCCUUAUUAGGCAGUCCCCGGCAGCCCCAUCAAUAUCAACUUGGCCUUCCAUCACCCCCACAAACUCAAAUACCUCUACAAAUUCAGGUUCAAAAUUCUCAGUCAAAUCAACAAAUGCGCCAGACAACAAUAAGUCCUGCGGCGUCUCCUAUGUUGGGGGUUCUUGUCCUCCCUCCGCUCACCACCACCAACUCCAAUUCCACUCGAACCAGCUCCCCACAAAACUUGAGUCCAGUUUCAAGUCUAAGCAAUAGCAACAGUUUGAACAACAAUACCAAUCACCACCACAAGUCCAAUUCUGAAUUAAGAAGGAACUUUCUCCCAGUGCCGAUAUGUGAUCGUGCCAACCAUGAGCUGGAUGGAUUUCACUCCAUUUUCAGUGUUCUUCGCAGCACUUCCCCUCAUCUAUUGGGAUUGAGAACUUUGAACUUAUCGAAAUGUGUCAUGAACUGGGAGGAUGUGAUUUGUUUGGGAGAAACUGUUAGGAAAAUGGAUUGUCUGCACUCGUUAAGAAUGGAGGGAAUGAAACUGUGCGAUGUCCUUCCAGUUUUAUUAGCGCUGCAGGAAAACACGAGUCUGAAGAUGGCAGACCUGAGCUCUAAUCAUGUCGUCAUCGGGGACGACGCAAUACAAUUAGUGACAAAUUCUUUGGCAAAAAAUAGCACCCUAAGGCUACUAUCAAUUCAAGGAUGGACAAUGUAUAUUCAGGAGGAACGAACGCUCGAAACGUUGGAGUCUUUUUUUGCCACCUCUGCCCUCCAAGACCUUGAUCUCUCUUCAGUCCGGAUGCAUGUUAACCUUAAUCAAAAAUCUAAAAGCUCAUCAUCAAAACGUCCAGAAACACCCACCACACCAACGCCAACAAAAAGUAAUCCUUCCACUCUCCGAAAAGGAAGUGGGGGACUCGGUUUCUCAUUCGGUUCCAGAUUAUUAGGACACUACAGUAACAACUCUAACAGUAGUGGGGGCUCAACCACCAGCCUGAACACAAAGGGCACAUCAUCCAACUUUUUUAGUUCAUUUUCUACCAAGAUCUGCCCUAAAGAUUUGAGCUAUCUAAGAUUGGGGGGAAUGACGCUUGAACCCCAAAAAUCGACAUUACUCAAAUCGCCAGAAAUCUUUGCUUACCUUCUUCCACAAAUUGAUCGGAGCAAAAUCACAUAUCUCGAUAUUAGUAUUGACAAACUAGACCUAAUUCCUAGUGCCUUAACGAGUGACAAGUUAAACCCUAUCGAAACGUUUAAGCUUAUUAAGCAACUUCCAAGACUCCAGACUUUGAUUAUGAAAAACUGGAGGUUUAAAUACUCCAAUCAUACACUAAAUGAAAAAUGUUUCAAAGAGAUGGCGAAAUCAGUUUCAAGCCUCAUCUACCUUUGUGUCUUGAACAUGGAUAACUGCUCAGUGAUUUGCGAGGAAGAUUCUUCAAAUUCAUCAAAUUCAAACUCAUCGUCAAGUGGGGGACGAUUUUCUUCUGCUGCGGGAAAAGGGAAGCGAUUAGAUGUAAUCAUACCACAUUAUUUUCUUCCCCUUAUGAAAAAUCUUAAGGAGUUUUCGUGGACCAAUUUCGAUCUGGGUGGAUCGUGCCAAACUCUACAUUUAGCUAAAACACUCUGUGACCUAAACUCGUUAAAUGUUCCCCUUCAGUUCAAAAUGGAGUUCGUCCCACUAAGGGCGUUGAAAGAACUCGUCUCCGCAUGUGGGGGUAGGGUGGAAUAUAUUGGGAAUCACACCGUUCAAGUACAAACACGGUCCAAGACCAUUGGCAUUCAUGAAGGUGACCUGAUGUACAAAAUUAAACGGAGGUUCCUCGACUAAUUAAUUGUAUAAUUGCAUAACAAUUUCCUCCCAAUAUGUUUUUAUUUAUUUAAUAUAACAUAUUGUCAAGUAUUAAAAUACCCAACCCGUUUAAAAAUCAACAAAAAUUGUAAACCCAGUUCAAUUGUGAUAUCUAUAUUUAUGAAUGCAAAUAAUUUACGUAAUAUUUCAUUAACUGACAAUCAAGACGACAUUUUUUAACUGAUAUGUAGACUAAUGUGAACACGCAUAAUUUCAAAUUAUUAUUACCUCUAUUUUUAACUACUAAUUGAGUGUUCAUUAAAAAUGGAAAUAAAAUUUAGUGGAAUUUAGUUCCAAUGUUUUUGCGAACUGAAUAAAAAACGUAUAUUGCUGACAACUCA